AUGACCAACAACAAUGGCAACAAUCCCAGAGUUGUCAAUGUUGAUAACACGACAAGCACCAAUGUUAUCAUUCAAUUUAAUCCCGCAUCCCAAUUACCCAUCAAACUAAGUGGUGGUCAAAACUUUGCCACCUCGAAAGCCCAAUUUUCCAUGCUUAUGUAUGGCUACAACCACUUUGGCCAUCUCGAUGGAACCAGUCCGUCCCCUAGUCGCACGAAUACCCUCGGCACGAAUAUCUCUCCCAAUCCUGUCUUCUUAACUUGGUUCCAUCAGGAUCAACUCAUCCGGAAUGCUCGCAUGGCUUCUGUCAAACCCACUAUUUCUCCUACUUUUUCAGCCGCUGACUCAGCUAAAUCAGCUUGGGAUGCCUUGCAUACCACUUAUACGAACAAAUCUCAAACUCGAGUCUUCAGUCUGCGUGAUCAGCUUGCCUGUGUCACUAAUGGUCUAGGUCCUAAAUUUCGUGAAAUAUCUGUUGACAUUCGUGCACGCGAUAAACCUAUCUCCUAUGAGGAACUAUUUAAAAAGUUACUAGAAUUUGAACUCUUCCUCCGCCACGAGGAUGAUAAGAAACUAUCUAGUACCAUCACUGCUGCAGUUGAUACUCCCACUAAAUUCAACUCCAAUAAUUGCAACAACCGUAGACAAAACAGCAACUCUCAACAAUGGAGCCAGAACUUGCGUCCAAGCGCUCCACCACAAGGCCAAUCCAAUUCAAAUCCAAACGGUAUUAUUCGCUGUCAACUAUGUAACGAAAUUGGCCACACCGCCAAUGUUGCCGCUCGAGAUCUCAUAAUCACUUUGAAGCAAAAGCCAUCUAUGCCGCUGGGCUUACAACGGAGACCAAUCCCUGGAUAG